AUGCUCUCAGCCCUUCUCUGUGAUUUGAUUCUAUCACCGCGCAUGCUAGCUAGGCUGAGUGCGACUACCAAUCUGAAUCUGCGGUUUAAUCCGAGUAUCGAAGUCUGGGGACUAUCUCCGUACGUCCUCGUCCCGUUUAACGAAACCGAAUGGCCCAACGGCAUCGCCAUCCUCAUGUCCUUCAUCUCCGUCAUAUGGAUAAUGUCGGGCUACGACGCGCACUUACAUCUCACCAAAGAAUGCUCGAAUGCGGCGAUUGCGAGUCAGCGGGCUAUCGUGCUGACGGCGGAGCCGUGGGGCUUGUUGGGGUGUUUCUUGAUGCUUGGUGUAAACGCAGAAGACGGCGAUGGCUGUGAUGGCGAUGAUGAUUGUGUGCAGUGUCUUCAUGGUUAUAUGGUCGCCAUAUCCCGGGUCAUCUACAACUACGACCGCGAUGGCGUCUUCCCCCUCUCCUGGAUCCCCGGCACCGUCAACAAACACAUCGAAACCCCCGUCAACGCCGUCUGGAUGAACACCUCCAUCGGGAUCCUCCUCCUCAUCUACGGUGGCUCUCUCGCCAUCUCUCCAUCGGCGCCUACGUCGCCUUCACUUUGCCCGUUGUUCGUCGUGGGUAAUCGGUUCUGGCCGGGCCCGUGGAAUUUGGGACGGUGGAGUAGGUUGAGUGGGUCGGUUGCAAGUGGGUUUGCGUUGGUGAUGAUGCAGGUGCUUUGUUUUCCGACGGUGAGGGGAGUGGAUUUGGAUGUGCAGAGUAUGGAUCCGGAUUGGACGGUUGUGGCUUGGGGAGGUCCGAUGUUUUUCGCGAUGGUGUAUAAAUGGUUCAAGGGACCAAAGAUCAACGUCGAGCAUCAGAUGCUCACCCGACCUGCUGACGCAGACGCAGCUCAGGCACCUUCGCUUGCGUCGUCUGAAUCGAUUCCCGGGAAGGGGGCUUAG